CUGCAGAAACGCAAGACAAAAGCGGAAGGCGGUGAGGUGGAAUCCAAUUGCAAACAUUCUAAUCAUCAAAAGAGUCGUCGAAAGGGCGAAUAAUGGCGGCAGCUGAUGAAGCAUUUGGGCUAUUCGAAAGAACGACAGUGUCGUAUGACGACGAAGUUUCUCGAACAAAAGAGAAGGAGCGACAUCAACUGGAAGCUGUUAGCAAGACUCAAAUUGGGCUACACGUUCAAGACGUCCAGCAGCUGAUUGGUCGUCAAGAGGAACGAUCCACUGUGACGCAACAGCAUCCACAGCCCCCGCACAUUAAAGCGGAAGAGGAGGAACUACGGAUCACCCGGGAGGGGGGGUGUCUUCUAGGGCCGGAGGAAACCGAUCUCACCAAGUUGCAACUGAAUGUUGUCUCUGUGAAGACUGAAGAUGAUGGAGACAAACCAACUGAGUCCUUUCAGCUUCAUCACAGUCCAAAUGUCCACAAGCUGAUUGGUCAUCAAGAAGUCAGUUCCCUUCAGCCUCAAGGUGGGAGCGCCAUUUUGAAGCAGGAGGGUCCACAGCCCCCUCACUUCAAAACAGAAGAGGAUGAACUCUGGACCACUCAGGAGGAAGAAAGUAUUUUAAGACCACUGACUGUUGUCUCUGUGAAGGCUGAAGACCAUGAAGGCGAACCACAAGCGGACAACCUCUUAGCACCACUCUCAGACAGUGAAGACACAACGUCAAACUCUUCCGAAGAUGAAGAACAGGACGACGCCGAAGAACCUUUGAGCAGCGAUACAGGCUACGAAGGUGAUAUGAGGACUCACGCGGACAGCAAACACUCUGAAAGUGCUAAAAAGAGGACCUGCUUCACCUGCCCAGUUUGUGGCGAAUUGUUUUCUUAUAAGAAUGAUUUGUCUCAACACAUGAGAACCCAUCCGGAAGAAAAACUUUUUAGUUGCUCAAUAUGUUGUAAAAGAUUCUCUCGAAAGUCAGUGCUUACAACACAUAGAAAAACACACUUGGCAGUAAAACCUUUUAGUUGUUCAGUUUGUGGCAAAGGAUUCACUCAAAAGGCAGUAAUGAUAUCGCACAAAAGAACACACACGGGAGAAAAACCCUUCAAAUGUUCCGUUUGCGGUAAAAGAUUCUCUCGCCGUUCAGGUGUGGUGUCGCACAUGAGGACGCACACGGGAGAAAAACCUUUCAUUUGCUCCGUUUGCGGCGACGGUUUUUCCCGAAAGCGCAACGUCACUCAACACAUGAGAACGCACACCGGAGAACGACCUUUUAGUUGUUCCGUUUGCGGCAAAAAAUUCACUCAAAAGUCCAACAUGGUCGCGCAUGUGAGAAUACACACGGGGGAAAAACCCUUUCUUUGCUCACUUUGCGACGAACGUUUCGUCGACAAGGUGACGUUGAUCGCCCACAAAAGAGUACACACGGGCGAAAAACCAUUUAAUUGCUCAGUUUGCGGCAAAAGUUACUCCUACAGGAGAGAUCUGACGGCGCACGUGCGGACACACACGGGAGAAAGAACGUUGAGUUGUACGGUUUGUGGUAAAAGUUAUUUUUAUAAGAGGAGUCUGACAGCACACAUGCAGACACACCGCUGAAAAUAAACGUUGACUUAUCCACUUUGUGCUAAGAAAAAUGUCAAAUCACAGAAGAGUUACCGUAUUUUCCGCACCAUAAGGCGCCCUGGGUUAUAAGCCGCGCCUUCAAUGAACGGCAUAUUUCAAAACUUUGUCCACCGUGUUGUAAGCCGCAUCUAACUGCGCUAAAGGAAUGUCAAAAAAACAGUCAGAUAGGUCAGUCAAACUUUAAUAAUAUAUUAAAACCAGCGUGAUGUGGGCGCGCAUGGAGUCGUAUAUCAACAUGGACGAAGCUGCGUGAAAAAAGCCACCCGGCCUCUUCGCGUAAACUUAAACUUACCUUAACCACUCGCUCAUCUUUUCUUCAUCCAUCCCUUCGAGUUAGCUUUUAUGAUGACGCCGGCUGGAAAGGUCUCUUUUGGCAAGGUCUUCCUUUUGAAUAUCA